GUCAAACUGUCUGGGCCCCUUGGCGUACGGAGGCCCGAGAGGUUCCCAUGGCUUCACGGCUACUCGGAGCUGCGGCGCGCUGAGCGCGGUAUAAGUCAAGAGGAGUUGAGAACUGAUGGCAUGGCUUUAAUUACUUUGCGGAGGAACCUUUGUCAUUUAUCUGAUUUUUGGUUACAUGGAGCUUUGGCUGCUGUGAAAAAUCCACCUGUAAAUCAUGUUCACAAGGUAGUCAAGGAGCACCUGUGUCCGUGGGUCUGCUCACUACAACCUGAGCCCUUCAGGGUCAGGUUCCAUCAUCCCUGUUGUAAAACGUUCCAUUCAGAAAAUGGAAAUAACCAUCCAGUCAGUGAGCUAGUUUACUCUGAAGUACAUGAUUGGGACAAGCUUGAAGGAAAUCUUAAAAGGGUGGAUGAACAGAUAUUUUACAAGACACUAAACAACAUGAGCUCAUCAGAAGAAGUGUUAAGUUUUAUAAGCACACUGCAAACUUUGCCAGAUACUCUGGCAGCAGGAGCCUUACAACGGAUUUGUGAAAUGGAAAAAAAUCACAGUGACCAAAGGCCGCCAAAAGAAAUAUUAGAGAAUAGUGUCUUUCGAGCUUUAUGCGUUCAGUUCGAACAGGAGCCCUCGAAUCUGUCAAACACUGGCCUGGUGACUGCUCUGCAAGCUCUGAUUCUAUUGUGUGUGGACCCCCAAAGUAGCCUGUUACUGAACUUGGUGGCAGAAUGCCAACAUCGUCUCAGAAGGAGCGACCUAGGAAUUCACAAUCUCUGUAUUCUUGGGGAAAGUCUGAUUAAACUGCAAGGUCCAGGUUGUGGAACCCUCGAACUGAUAAUAGAUCAACUUCAAGGUGAAAAAUUGGAAAAAUUUACCCACCAGGAUAUUAUGGCCCUUUAUAGAAUACUGCAGACAUGUACUGAAAAAGUGGACCAAUAUCAGACAUUUCUAAAUAAGAUAAACAAGUUUUCUCUGUCAAUAGUUUCCAACCUGAGUCCUAAAUCAAUAAGUGAGAUGCUCACUGCCCUAGUGGUUCUUGAUCAAACUCAGGCACUUUCUUUGGUUAUAAAAUUGGGUAAAUAUGUUGCGAGGUAUAUCCCUCAUUUUACUAAUGAAGAACUAGGAAAAGUCUUAGAGGCUUUCAUAUACUUUGGGUACAGUGACAUAUUUUUUACAGAUGCUCUGGAGCAACAUGUGACUUCACUCUGUGUCUCUUUGGAUCCUGAGACUAUCAGCAAAGUCAUGGAGUACUGCACUAGUAAACUGAUUCUUUCAAAACCCAUCCUCAAUACAGUGGCAGAAAUUUUUGUUUGCCAAUCAGAAAAUUUUUCACCUAGUCAGAUAUCUGAGUUAAUUGAACCAUUUGGAAAACUCAAUCAUUUGCCACCAAAUGCCUCUGCUUUAUUCAGAAAGCUAGAAAAUAUGUUACUCACUCAUUCCAAUUAUUUUCCACCCAAAACACUAUUGAAACUUCUCCAUUCAUGUUCACUUAUCGAAUGCCAUCCUGUCAACUUUAUGGCAAAAAUAUUCAGCCCUUAUUUUCUUCAGCAGUUACAAGGGGAAGAAUCCUGUUUGGACAGAGUGUGCCUAGUGCAACUGACCCAACUUUUCUUAACAUCGGUCCUAGAGUGCCCUUUCUAUAAGGGUCCAAAACUUCUUCCUCAAUUUCAAGUGAAAUCAUUUCUUACUCCAUGCUAUUCCCUGGAGACACCGGUGGAUUUUCAGCUUUAUAAAUCUGUGAUGUUUGGACUGAUUGACCUUUUAGGAGGAAGAAUGUAUUUUGCUUCAAAAGUGUUAACACCCUAUUGUUACACGAUAGAUGUUGAACUUAAGUUAGAUGAAGAAGGAUUUGUAUUACCAUUCAAAGUUCAUGAAGAUGUACAUAAAAGGGUAGCACUGUGCAUUGAUGGUCCGGAAAGAUUUUGUUUGAAUAGCAGACAUUUACUGGGAAAGGAAGCUAUUAAACAAAGACACCUUCACUUACUUGGUUAUCAAGUUGUUCAGAUCCCCUAUUAUGAGAUUGAGAUGCUAAAAUCAAAACAUGAAUUGGUGGAAUAUUUACAAACAAAACUAUUUUCUCAAAAUGCUGAUGUUCAUUGUUAAUAAGGACUCCUUGCUCCAGAGCUCAGACACCGAAAGAACUUGUGUUUUCAUGGGACUUAGUAUAAAAAUAGAGUAUAAUUGGUGAAUUAGCCAUUUACUCAUGGACUGUGGUCUGGAAAGGGUCUGUCAUUUUCCUUAUACCAUGUAUAUGUGUAUCAGGCAUAAAUUUAAAGUUUUAACUUUUAUUGACAUUUUAUACAUGAAACAAUUGAUCGAGUACAAUAAAGGAAUGUAAUGAAUAAAAGUCAUUAUUUUUAAA